AAACCAAAAAGUCAUUGAUCGCUCUUCACGCCUUCCGAUUCAAAACCCUAGCCCCAAUCUGAAGAAUGUUCUGGAAAUUUGGGUUUUGCAGAGAGAUUAUAUAGUUUCACUGCACGAAAUUCAGAGAAUUGUGCUUCUAGUACCUCCAUUUCUACUUGCUGUUUGUCAGAAAAUUUUUUAUUUUAAGAAAUGAGGACUUGUAACAAGAGAGGCCGGAAAAAGAAAAAGUUCGAUGCCUCUCCGGCGGCCACCGCAGCCAUCUCCGGCGAUGUUAAGGACGCCCAAGUUUCCGGGUCGGCUUCAGUGACCCGGCUCAACGAAAUCAAUGAUCCUUCCCCUGAGCCCGCGUCGGCCACCGAUAAAAGCCCAUCUCCGUUGCGACGCGGCCGUGGAAGGCAGAAGAAGCGCCGGCUUAACAGCCAGCCAGAGCCGACGGAGCUAGCUGGGAACGGGAGGAAGUCUUCGCCAGAGCGUAGGGGGAGGCACCACCACGCUGACCAGAACGGUGAUUGCAAUAAUGGGGUUUUGUCGAUCGCGGAGGUGGCGUCGGCGACCUUGCCGAUUCCGGCGGCGCCACGGUGGGAGACGGUGGUGAAGGUUGUGCCCUCCAUGGACGCGGUUGUGAAGGUGUUCUGUGUUCACACCGAACCUAAUUUCUCGUUGCCAUGGCAGCGGAAGCGCCAGUAUAGCUCCAGCAGCAGCGGUUUCAUUAUCAGCGGGAGAAGGGUCUUGACAAAUGCUCAUUCAGUGGAACAUCACACUCAGGUGAAGCUCAAGAAGCGUGGUUCUGAUACGAAGUACCUGGCGACAGUCUUAGCCAUCGGAACUGAAUGUGACAUUGCUCUGUUAACCGUCAGCGAUGAUGAAUUCUGGGAAGGAGUUUCUCCCGUGGAGUUUGGAGAUUUACCCGCGUUGCAAGAUGCUGUAACUGUUGUCGGAUAUCCGAUUGGUGGUGACACGAUUUCUGUCACAAGUGGUGUUGUUUCGCGAAUGGAGAUACUGUCUUAUGUACACGGAUCGACUGAGCUUUUGGGUCUGCAGAUAGAUGCAGCUAUAAACUCUGGAAACUCUGGUGGGCCUGCCUUUAACGACAAGGGAAAAUGUGUCGGCAUAGCCUUCCAGUCCUUGAAGCAUGAGGAUGCUGAAAAUAUCGGUUAUGUCAUACCCACUCCAGUUAUUGUCCAUUUCAUUCAAGAUUAUGAGAGGAAUGGAAGAUACACAGGUUUUCCUGUUCUUGGAGUUGAAUGGCAGAAGAUGGAAAAUCCUGACCUGCGCAAGUCAAUGGGUAUGGAGGCUCAUCAAAAAGGGGUGCGGAUAAGAAGAAUUGAGCCGACUGCCCCAGAAUCUCAGGUUUUGAAGCCAUCCGAUGUUAUCCUUAGUUUUGAUGGCGUUAAUAUCGCUAAUGAUGGAACCGUUCCAUUCAGGCAUGGAGAACGGAUAGGGUUUAGCUAUCUUAUCUCUCAAAAAUACACGGGAGAUUCUGCCCUUGUGAAAGUUCUUCGCAACAAACAAAUACUCGAGUUCAACAUAAAACUUUCAUCCCACAAGAGGCUCAUCCCAGCACACAUAAAUGGCAAACCUCCUUCUUACUUCAUAAUUGCCGGUUUUGUCUUCACCACUGUCUCUGUUCCAUAUCUGCGAUCUGAGUAUGGGAAGGAAUACGAAUUUGAUGCUCCAGUCAAGCUGUUGGAUAAGCACCUUCACUCAAUGGCUCAAUCUGUCGAUGAGCAGCUUGUUGUUGUUUCACAGGUGCUUGUAUCUGAUAUCAAUAUUGGUUAUGAGGAGAUUGUCAACACUCAGGUUCUUGCCUUCAAUGGGAAACCAGUGAAAAACCUGAAAAGCCUGGCUGAAAUGGUGGAAAACUGUAACGACGAAUAUAUGAAGUUCGAAUUGGAGUAUGAACAAAUUGUAGUUCUUCAAACGAAGACAGCAAAGGAUGCAACUUUGGAUGUCCUAACGACGCAUUGCAUACCAUCUGCAAUGUCUGAUGAUCUCAAGACUUGAAACACAGAUCUAUCUAUCUGCCUUGUCCGGACAGAGCUUCUGGUCCAUGGUUCCUAUAUUUUUGGAGCGCACCAUGGGUCUUGAACAUUGGAACAUACAUACACACACAUUCGGUCAUGGAUGCCAAUAUUAGGUGGUGAGGGAGCUCAUCCACAGAAACAUUUUUUACUUCGAUGUCAUGGUGAUGAUUUUGUUGUCUUUGGGAAGUAAUAUGAUGCAUGAAAGAUGAGACAUGGUAGAAGCCAAGAAAAGAAAGUCCUUUACGUAGCAAGAGGUGCUUCUGUUGAAAAAUGGUGAGAAUGGUCGUGGGCAAUGCACAUUUUUUUCACCAUCUCCCUUGCGGAUUGGGUUGGUACGGUCGGAUACCCGGAUUUUUUUUUAUGUAUCUGAUUUUGAUCGGAUAUCUGAGCAUUGGGUAUUUCGGGCA